GCAACAAACAACACAAACUAAAGAAACAUAGCACUGACUAUUCCUACGAUUCACGACAUUCAUAUACCGAGCUCUACGUUGUCUAUCUCUUUGCUUCCUUCUCAACCCAACUCUUUCUCUCUUUCUCGCUAUGUUUCUGUUAUCCUCGGUUAUUCCAAUGGACAUUGCAAAGUCGAAGGCUUCAAACACAAGCGACUCUUACUUACCUCCCAAGAAACGGAUGAGACUCAGCGAACCACCCACCGAAACUACACUAGUUUCCGCUGCUAUAAAGAAGGGUUCGUUUUCAGACAACAUAAAAUAUAAAGGAGUGGUUCAGCAACCGAACAGUCGUUGGGGAGCUCAGAUUUACGUAGACCACAAACGGAUAUGGCUCGGUACUUUCAGUUCGGCUGCGGAAGCCGCCAUGGCUUUCGAUAGCGCUAGCAUCAAGCUUCGAAGCUUUGACACUAUCUCGGAAAGAAACUUCCCAUGGUCUGAUUUAACGGUCCAAGAACCGGUGUUUCAAAAUGGCUACACAAGAGAAGCUGUCUUGAACAUGAUCAAAGACGGUUCUUACCAACGCGAGUUCAUUGAUUUUCUCAAAAACCGGUCUCAGGUUGUCGUGGGAUUAAAACAGAACCGAAGAGAUGAAGAACCCAGCAAGUGCUUCUCAUCCAGGCAACUUUUUCAGAAGGAACUGACAGCGAGCGAUGUAGGGAAACUAAACAGGCUUGUGAUACCGAAGAAGUAUGCGGUGAAGUAUUUACCUUUCAUAAGCGAAAGAGAAGAGGGUGAAAUAGUAGAAGAUGUCGAGGUGGUGUUUUAUGACAGAGAGAUGAGACGAUGGACGUUUACGUAUUGUUACUGGACAAGUAGCAAGAGCUUUGUCUUCACCAGAGGAUGGAUCGGUUUCGUCAGGGAGAAGAGCAUCAAGGAGAAAGAUGUGAUCACGCUUUACACAUGUGAUGUUCCGACAUUAGAAGGUCAAAGCAAAAAGUUCUCGAUGAUCGAUAUCCAUCGCUUUUCAGACAACGACUCCGUGGCAACUGAUGAGGAAGUAAACAAGACAGUUCAUGAUAUUUCUGAUGAUGUAAUGAAACCAGAGAAGUUCUUUAACUCGAAGUUUGGAGAAGAAGAGAACAGAGGAGGGUUUAUGUUGUUUGGUGUAAGGAUCCAAUAGUUUAAAGAAUAUAUAUGCGUAGCAUGUCAUCGAAAAUAAUAAAUAAAAAAAUUAGAAACAAAACACACUUAUAACGGUAUUGUGUAAACUUAGUUUUCAAACAAUUAAAGGCUUAGUCUAUCUCCUCUCUUAUCUCUUCUCUCUCACUUCCACAAACAAAAUAGUAAAAAUCUGUUAAAAGAUACUUUUAUGGUACGCUGUAUCCAUAAAACAAUUAUAUUUCUGACAUGGUCAAGGAUCAUAACCAUGUAGUAAAUGAUCAUCAAUCAAAAUAUCACUGUCUCAUGUACCACUCUGUUGUAAAUAAAUUAAUAAACAAAUGCUAGUCACAAGGCAAUGCAUACUAAACCAACCUGAGAGAUGGAUGAUCAGUAAGAAGCAGAGCGUAAUUGGUCCCGAGUGCGAUGGAGAAAAUGUGUCACCCACUCACCCUCCAAGACUCACCUUCACAGCUCUCAGGCAUUCCGUAUUUGUGUAGGUGUAACUCAAUUAAAUAGAUUAACAAAAUUGGUGUCAACUAUAAAAUUUGAGAAUACACAUGAAACAGAGGAACUAACAAAGAUUUAAAAUGUUCCUUCUAACUAUAUAGUUAAGAAAUUAGUUGAGCAAGAGAGCAAGGAUAUAAAAAAAACCGAACCGAACCAAGCCGAAUUGAAUCACCAAACCCAAAUCAAACUAAACAUCCCAACUAUUUGGUUAUAGUUUAUAUUAACCCAAAUGGUUUGUGGUUUGUUUGGUUCGGUUUUAAACCAAACCAAACUGAAAACCAAAAUGUUUAUUUAAAUAGUUAACUAAAUAUAUUAAUAUUGUUAAAUAUAUAAUUUAAAAUUGUUAACCAUUUAACCUAAAUAACUAAGCUAAUUUUAUACAUUUUAAUUUUAAAUGAAUACAAGA